CUUACGUCUGUCAACAUGAGUGGGCACCGCCGGGUGGCAGGGGAAGCAGUUGGAUAAAUGCGAACCGUGACCUGCAAAUAUUUCUUAUAUGCAUUCAAAAAUUCGCACUGGGGUCGUUAGUACAGACGUCAAAAGUCACCAGCGAGGAGCGCGCGGGCUGGUUUUUAAUGUCAGAGGAAAUAGAAGUUUGCUCAUCGGGCAGCGGCGUCAUGUAGCUGAGGAGUUAGCUUGGAUGCUAGCUAGACAGCCAUGUCUCCGUGGACGUCUGAGGCAGGAGAAUGAGAGCGCGCUCGCGGGGGAGAGGAUGCCACCAUCUUCCACCGAAGACCGUCCUGCUUCACGUAUCGAUUAGCUGACCCAACCGCAGGAGAGGGACUGGGAAGCCUGCAGGACACUACCCCCCCCCGGCUUUGUAAAGUUGUCUCGAUCACCCCCUGUGCCCCAUGGCUGCUGUCGGUGGGGUCAACGUGCAGUCCCAGCUCGGGGACGUGGCGCUGGCAGGUCCGGGAGGAGCGGGGCUGACCGCCGUGUCCUCCGCCAACACCUCGGUGUCGUCCAGCCCGACGCCGAGCACCGACAGUCGGGGCUGCGAGAACGGCGCCCUGAUGGACUCGUUUGGGAUUUUCCUACAGGGACUUCUGGCCAUGGUGGCCUUCAGCACGCUGAUGUUGAAACGCUUCAGGGAGCCAAAACAUGAGAGGCGACCCUGGAGGAUAUGGUUCCUGGACACCUCAAAACAGGCCAUAGGGAUGUUGUUCAUCCACUUUGCUAAUGUCUACUUGUCAGACCUCACAGAGGAGGAUCCCUGCUCACUAUACCUCAUUAACUUCCUGUUAGAUGCUUCUCUGGGCAUGUUGCUGAUCUAUGCUGGGGUGAGAGCUGUCAGCGCUAUUGUAGAGUGGAGGCAGUGGGAGUCUCUGCGUUUCGGAGAAUACGGAGAACCAGUGCAGUGCACAGCCUGGUUGGGCCAGUGUAUCCUCUACAUCCUCAUUAUGAUGUUUGAGAAAGUCCUCAUCAUGCUGGUCCUCCUCAUUCCCCAGUGGAAAAAGCUGGCUCUCCUCAACCCCAUAGAUAAUCCUGACCUGGAACUCGCCAUCGUCAUGCUCAUCGUUCCGUUCUUCAUCAAUGCCCUCAUGUUCUGGGUGGUAGAUAAUUUUCUUAUGAAGAAGCACAGAACAAAAGCAAAGCUGGAGGAGAGAGAGGAGGACUCUCGGGGUAACAGCAAGGUGCGCUACAGGCGAGCUCUCUCCCAUGAUGACUCGGAGUCAGAGCAUGUCCUCACAGAGCCGGAGACAGAGAGCAGAGCCAGGGGGCUGAGCGAAGCAAUGCACCGCACGCAGCUUCACAAGGAAAUAGGAUUUCAGAUUCUUUUCUCAGCAGAUGACGAAAUGGAUGAGUCGGAUGAAGAUGACGUUCGUCGGUUGACUGGCUUGAAGACAGUAAAGAAGAAGAAGCUCCGCAUGGGGAUCCCUGUUUGACCUGUGUGCCGAGCUGAAGUGCUACGCUCAAAUUUCAUCUGGUAGCUCUCCACCACACAGGUCCUCAUACAUUCCCCGUUCCCCCAUAGAGUCUGAUAUCAACUUCUUUUCAAACAUACAGUAGGAUGCCGAUUGAUGACAGAAGAAAUCAUUGUUAUUGGAUUCCCUUCACCGUUGACUCCUGGAAUACUCCUUCAUGAACUGUGUCUAACCUGGGAUUUCCUUUAACACACUGGGAGAGAUCUUUUGCAGUUAACCUGGUACUUGGAAUCACGGUUGCAUUUCUAAGUGGCACUCCUGUGGUGACUGGGUUUUUUUUGGAACUAUACCAUGAACAAACAUAAUAAUGUUACAUCCUCAAUGUGAGUGAGGUAGGAAAAGGGUUACACUGGGAUAAUACUCUUUGGACUCAUUUGCUAGUGUGAAUGCUUUUGUGAUGCAGUGGUCCAGGAUCAUGUUAGUUGGACAAACCUCAACGGGCACACUGGAACCAAACAUGCAAACAAAUCUGCUCACAGAGUCGAUCACAUCUGAUACUCGUAACGUGUCCUCUAAACUGAUUGUAUUCCUGGUAUAGAUUCCAUGUGAACAUUGUGCUCUUGUUUUCUCAUGUUGACGUACCACCUGUGUGUGUGUGUGUGUGUGUGUGUGUGUGUGUGUGUGUGUGUGUGUGUGUGUGUGUGUGUGUGUGUGUGUGUGUGUGUGUGUGUGUGUGUGUGUGUGUGUGUGUGUGUGUGUGUGUGUGUGUGUGUGUGUGUGUGUGUGUGUGUGUGUGUGUGUGUGUGUGUGUGUGUGUGUGUGUGCUUCUAUUUUUGUGAGGACCAGUUUGACUUGAAGACCUUGCAGUCUGAACAUUUUGGGAAUGUGAGGGAUUUUUUUCCACAGUGGAACACAGCACAACCCGACGUAGCAAAAAGUGGCGACUUACACGUAGGUCGGGUCCCCCUAAUGAAACUAUAUUUAACUCAUUAGUAUAUUCAAUUUCUGUGAAGCUUUAAGGUUUGUGUUAGGCGUUUGGUUGGUUGAUGGUUAAGAUUAGGGUACGCAUUAUGUCAGUGGGUGUCCUCACAAAGAUAGGAGCGUGUGUGUUUGUGUACGUGUUUGUGUACGUGUGUACGCAGUUGGACACCUCAAAUUUAGAGGAAGAAUUUCAAGUGUUUGUUUCACGUGUUGAUGUGACUUACACUCCCGGCACAAUGACACACUUUACUACUGUAUACCCUGUAUGUAAUGUUACUCAUAUCAAAGGGAGCACAUUAAUGCUUGCAGCAACCCUCCAUUCUUUUCUUCUGGUAGAGUCCUUUCCACGGUUAAAACGCUCGAACUGCAAGCACCCCGCUGCUAAUAUCAGCUCAGUCAGUGUCGUCUGUGCGUAAACACUAGACUGCCAUUUUUUCGACAAAGAUUUGUUUGACUGUUUUACUGACAUGCUCUGACUGUGUUCUAUGUCUUUGAACGUGUUUUGUCUCAUUCUAAGUUGUCAGGUUUUAAUAUACUUCUUGGGUGUUAUUUUUAUUUUAUUUUUCGGGCCAAAAAGGUGACUAUGCUUGUUCCAAAAGUGUUCUUCAUUCCUUCACUCUAACACGGGGAGUAGAUAUGGGAACCAUUUCUUGCACAAUUAUCCCAUGUACCAUUAGCUUUCACCUUUCCUUUUGUGUUUUGUGUGAUCUUCUGAUUUUUGUUACAAUAAUGUGCCUGAGUGAAAUUACCAGCAGGUGUAAAGAUUUUUUAUUUUUUAUUUUUUUGACUGUUCUAUCCAGAGCUUCAGAUCAUCGGGCAUCAAGCAGCAUUCAGCCGGCUCUGAUGUUAAGAAUGUGACAUGCAUAGACCUCUAAACUGUUAAGUGACUGUCGACCAGACAGACAAGAGAAAGGGCGUAUGUGGGUGGACGUGUGACUGUAUGUGUGCGCAUGCCAGUAUAUAUUUUUAUAUAUAUAAAUAUAUAUAUAUAUAAAUAUAUAUAUACACACACAGUAUACCUGUAUGCACUGGCCUGUGCUGGAUGCAUGAGUGCAUAGUUGAUGGGAGUGCUGAUUAAUGUAAAGGGACGAACUGUGACUGCGACGUGCGAUGACUAUGUUGCUGGUGAUGAUUUCAUUAUGAUGUUUUUAGCAUGUGGGCGAGGACUAAAUGAGUGUGCAUUUUACACGGGGAAAGUACAGCUCCUUGCCGCAGUCGUGGUGAUUUCAACUUAACCAGGACGAAGAACUUUUAGUAUUUUGCCAAUUGAAUCAUCUAGAUGAGUAAAAAAGGCAAGUGAUGGAGGUGAUAACUGCUUUUCCAAUAAAGGAUGUGAUAUACCA